AUGUUGGAGAAGAUCUAUGUCGUGAGGCACGGGUACCGCUCCAACUGGACCGUCGACCCAACGACAGGAACCUACACCUCAUCCGUCCGCACUCCCACCGGCAUCCCGUCUGAUCCAGCCCUGGCCUCCUACGGCGUCCGCCAAAGCGAACAGCUUGCCACUCAUCUCGCCACUCUCACCCCUGCCCCGGACUACAUCGUCUCCUCGCCCUACUACCGCUGCCUCCAAACCAUCGACCCUUACGUCACGCACCUCGCCACCUCUAACCCCUCCGUCUCCGUGACCCUCGAACCAGGCAUCGGCGAAUUCUACGGCCGCGCCCCCUUCACCCAUCCCCACCCCGCCGGCCUGCAGGAACUAAAAAAGCACUUCUCCCAACUCCGCGCCGAAGCCUCUCCCAUCAUCAUCCCCGCCCACCACGGUGAAACGAUCCCGCAACUCCACGACCGCGUCGCUUACUGCCUUCACCAUCUUAUCACGCGUGCGGACCAGGAUCCCGAUGGACCGAAGGCGAUGUUGUUGUGCACGCAUGCGGCGGCUGUGAUUGCGAUUGGGAGGGCGUUGACGGGGCGGAUGCCGGAGGAGGUUGGGGAGGAGGAUUUUGGGUGUUUUACUUGUGGGUUGAGUACGUUUGCUUGUCGUGGGGAGAGCAAGGGGGAGGGAGUGGUGGGGAAGUGGGACGCGGAGAAGGAGGAUGAGGUGCCGGAUGUGGAGUGGAGGGGUGGAAAGGGAGUUGGGGGCGGGUGGAAGUGCGUGGGGAACAGUGAUUGUUCGUUUUUGGAGGGUGGCGAGGAGAGAGGAUGGAACUUCCACAUGGAGAACGAACGCAUUGCGCGCCUUCAAGCCGAAGCAGAUGCAGAAGCACUGGCAGGGGACAUCUCCAUCAUGGCCGUGACCCCAAAGAAGGCAGCCGUGGUCGACACGAAGGCAUCACCGGGCACUGAGGCGAUUGAUGAGGCCAAGGCCACAUCGAACGGAACUGCUUAA